GAGAGAGAGAGAGAGAGAGAGAGAGAGCUGGCUCUUAUUAUUCUAAACUUGGAGUAGUCUAAUGAUCCACGGAGCUUGACUUCCGCGAUUCUCUCGAGUACAUAUCCAAUAGAUCUUUUACGCUGUAAAAGAAGACAUCUACUCCAAGUCAAACUCGAAUAUUACUACGAAUCUUCAUAGUUUUCUUCACACUCUUGCUGAUCGUUAUUAGCAAUAAAAAGCUUCACAUCUUAUGACUCUCAGUGUUUGUGUUUUGUGAUGGUUGUGAAAAAUUCAGCAAUGACGAUUGACUUCUUGGUCGCGGUGUUACUAUUAGCAGUUGGUGUUCUUGAACUCGGUCCUGCUUCAGCAAUUCAUAGUGUGAUUGGUGGUGCAAUCGGUGAACAACCGCUGUCGAAGAUUGCAAUCCACAAGGUCACACUUGCCCUCAACGAAUCAGCCUCCAUUAAAGCCUACCCGCUUCUUCUUGGAUUGAAGGGUGAGGAUAUUCAAUGGGUUGAUGUGGAUCUAGAGCACCCUGAACCAUCUGAUAAUGAUUGGGUCGGAAUUUUUUCUCCUGCAAAAUUCAACUCAUCAACUUGUCACUAUGAGAAUGACCCUAAAGAACAAACUCCAUAUAUAUGCUCAGCUCCAAUUAAGUACAAGUAUGCAAAUCACUCCAAUGCUGAUUAUACGAAGACGGGCAAAGCUUCUUUGAAGUUCCAGUUGAUCAAUCAGCGGGCAGAUUUCUCCUUUGCACUAUUUUCAGGCGGGCUGUCAGAUCCAAAAUUGGUGGCAGUUUCAAAUCAUAUAUCGUUUGCAAAUCCUAAAGCACCCCUUUAUCCACGCCUUGCACAAGGGAAGGCUUGGAAUGAAAUGACAGUAACAUGGACUAGUGGCUAUAACAUAGAUGAAGCGGUGCCUUUUGUCGAAUGGGGUUUGAAGGGACAUCGUCAAAGGCGCUCACCAGCUGGAACCUUGACAUUUCAUCAGAACAGCAUGUGUGGCUCACCUGCACGCACAGUUGGCUGGCGUGAUCCUGGUUUCAUACACACAAGUUUCUUGAAGGAUUUGUGGCCAAAUUUCAUGUACACGUACAAGACUGGUCAUCUGUUAGCCAAUGGUUCAUAUGUAUGGGGCAAGAUUUAUGCUUUCAAAUCAUCCCCAUAUCCUGGACAGGACUCGUUGCAGCGUGUUAUAAUAUUUGGAGACAUGGGGAAGGCAGAGCGUGAUGGUUCAAAUGAGUACAGUGAUUAUCAGCCAGGCUCACUGAAUACUACUGACCAGCUCAUCAAGGACCUAAAGAAUUUUGACAUAGUUUUCCAUAUUGGAGACAUAACGUAUGCCAAUGGAUACAUCUCCCAGUGGGAUCAAUUCACAUCACAGGUGGAGCCCAUUGCAUCAACUGUGCCUUAUAUGAUUGCAAGUGGUAAUCACGAGCGUGAUUGGCCCGGGACAGGUUCCUUCUAUGACGUUAUGGAUUCGGGUGGAGAAUGUGGAGUAUUGGCUGAGACUAUGUUCUAUGUUCCUGCAGAAAACAGAGCAAAGUUUUGGUAUUCGACGGACUAUGGCAUGUUCCACUUCUGCAUAGCAGAUACUGAGCAUGACUGGAGAGAAGGUUCUGAACAGUACAUGUUCCUAGAGAAAUGCCUUGCAUCCGCAGAUAGGCAAAAACAGCCUUGGUUGAUCUUUGCAGGUCAUCGGGUCCUUGGGUAUUCUUCUGACAAAUGGUAUGGCUCGGAGGGCUCAUUUGAAGAGCCCAUGGGAAGGGAAAGCUUGCAAAGACUCUGGCAGAAGUACAAGGUGGACAUUGCAUUUUGGGGUCACGUCCAUAACUAUGAAAGAACUUGCCCUAUUUACCAGAAUCAAUGUGUGAACUCAGAAAAAUCUCACUACUCUGGCAUCGUGAAUGGGACAAUCCACGUUGUUGUUGGUGGGGCAGGGAGCCAUUUAUCAGCGUUCAGUGAAGUUAAUACCACUUGGAGUCUCUAUAAAGAUUUCGACUUUGGAUUUGUCAAAUUGACAGCAUUCAACCACUCAUCCCUUCUCUAUGAGUACAAGAAGAGCAGUGAUGGAAAGGUAUACGACUCUUUCACCAUCUCAAGGGACUACAGAGAUGUCUUGGCUUGUGUACAUGAUGGUUGUGAAGCCACCACUUUAGCAUCUUGAACAGAAUAUGUAAAAACUGUUUAGGGGACGCCAGCGUUAUAUAUCGUUGAAUGGCUAGCUGCCCAUUGAAGCAAUUUUAUGAUACUCUCAUCGAAAAAUGGAGGGCAAUAAUUUGUAAUUGCAGUUUGUUUUGUUGUUUUGUCAUCCAUUAAUUAGUGCCUUAUCACAUUGUUUUUGAGUUAUAUUGUAACUCACCAUAAUGAAUGUGUUUGUUUUUGGCUCAACAUGGUCAUUUACAGAUGAGCUUGAAGUC